UAGAAAACUGAGAAAUAAAAAGGGCUGAGUGCGCAUGCGCAGUCACGAGCGGACUGGACUAGACUAGCCUGCGCAAGGAGGUGAGAGUUGGGGUCGGCCGGGCUCGCUCGGGAUGGACGAGGACAUACUGACCACGCUGAAGAUCCUCAUCAUCGGCGAGAGCGGCGUCGGCAAGUCCAGCCUUCUGUUGCGGUUCACAGAUGAUACAUUUGACCCAGAACUUGCAGCAACAAUUGGUGUUGACUUCAAGGUGAAAACAAUUUCAGUUGAUGGAAAUAAAGCUAAACUGGCAAUAUGGGAUACUGCAGGUCAGGAGCGGUUCAGAACAUUAACGCCCAGCUACUAUAGAGGAGCACAGGGUGUUAUCCUAGUUUAUGAUGUCACAAGAAGAGACACCUUUGUCAAACUGGACAAUUGGCUAAAUGAAUUGGAGACAUACUGCACAAGGAAUGACAUAGUUAAAAUGUUAGUUGGAAACAAGAUUGAUAAGGAAAACCGUGCAGUUGACAGGAAUGAAGGUCUCAAAUUUGCAAGAAAACAUUCCAUGUUGUUCAUAGAGGCAAGUGCAAAAACAUGUGAUGGUGUUCAGUGUGCCUUUGAAGAACUCGUUGAAAAAAUCAUUCAGACUCCUGGACUGUGGGAAAGUGAAAGCCAAAACCGAGGUGUAAAGUUAUCAAACCAGGAAGAAGGCUAUGGAGAAAGAGCCUGUGGUGGAUACUGCUCUAUGUUAUAAACUCUGGGAAACUUAUCCUCUUGCAUAUUUAAACAGAUAGUGUCAUCUUUCUGUCAAUUCAUUAACUGCUAUUUUUAGGGACCUUGCAGUUUGCACAUAUUUGUUUUGUAUCAUGGCGGUGAACAUUUGUAGGAAAACAUGCUCAGCAGCUUUCCCAGUUGAAAAAUGUUAUGGUAAGCAUGCCCAUCUUGCAAUCUUCAGGAUUUUUAUAUGUAGCAUAAAAUAGUGUGCAAGAACAAAUGCACUCAAAUUUUAUGACCUUAUACAUUCAUCAUGUAACUACUCUUAAAAAAAAAAAAAAAAAAUCCAUCUAUCAAAUAUACAUUGCUGCAUUCUGUCUGCUUUUUGUCUGGAUUUUUUUUUUUGUUUAAGUACUGUUGGAAUUAUAGAAUUGCUUUAUAUGCACACAUCCUAAAAAUGAUGCAAGAUAAAAUGUGAUAUCUUUUACUGAUAAAUGCUUGUCCUUGUUGGUACUGUAUAACAUAAACAGCAUGAUUACACAAUUUUUACAGCCAAGUCUGUUACAAAUUCUUUUUUGUUAAGCAGAGCUAUCUAAACUAUGGCCUCUGCCAGUUUAUAGUUAACCUGAACACUUUUUGAAGAGAUUUCUAAUAUUUCCUUUGAGAAGUUGAGCAAACACAGUAGGGGAUUUUUUAAAAAAUCAUCACUUCAGUUGAUAACUUGUUGUUUAACUGGUGUUUUAAUCCUGUCAUAUUUAUCUAUUAAAUUUAUGGCAUUCUUGCACAGUAGUCUUUAUGAUGCUGCCCACUGUAGUCCUGCUGUAGAGUCUUCAUUUUUUUGGCCAAGGAUUUGAAUGGUGUCUUUUUAUUCUUUCAUUGAGAAUCAGUUUGCCACACUUAAGUCCAGACGCUCUUUUCCUAAACAUUGGUAAUGUACAUAUAUAUCUCAAACUGUAGCUCACUUAUGGCUAUGAAGGUCUAUAUCGCACAACUGCUUUGUGUGGCUAUUUGUUCAGAAACAAAAAUUUCCUGUCAGACACUAAAUAUGGGGAAAGUCACGUUGCUUUUGGAUCUCUGGGGAAAAUACUAUUGCAGUGAGUAUUUCACUUGGGUUUACUGUAAACAGCCAAUGGUUUAUCUGUUUCAGAAGACUUACCUGUAUAGACUAAUAAAUUUUUUCCAAAGUAUUCAACUUUGCUAUCCUCUUCCUAUUGUACAGUUGUAUAUUUUUCUAGUACACUUUUUGUGGAGGGAUUAUUUCUGGUGCAUUAAAGCAAAGACAAGCCUAGGCACAUCCUUCUUAAUUAAUCAAGUAACUGAUCUUCAUAUUGGAACAAACUACUAAGCAGUUUCUUGUAAAUAUACAUUUAAAAUACCUUUUUAUUACUGCAUUUUCUGUAGAUGUCAGCAAUCCAUCAUAGUAAGUCUGUAAUUUACCAGAAACAAUCCAAUUGGCUGCAAAAGUACACUUACUCAUCUAUGGAAACCUUGCUUUCUACUCUUACACUUGGUAGAAAACAUUACCAAAAUUUGAAGACUUAAAUAUACUAGCUGUUUUUACCAAAUAUUGUAUCUUAAGUACUAUUCCUGUAAGUAGGAUCAUUUAAAUAUGUAAAUGUAAUCAAUAACUUAAUCCACUUCCAUGUUUCAUUAAAGCUUUAGAUGUGUCUUCCUGUGUCUUGAUACAGCA